ACGAGUUAUAAUCUCUGGACCUUACAACUGACAAACAGACAAUUUAAAAGCAGAAGCUUAAUUUCUUAUGAUUCCGUUACACGAGGGGCGUGCUUGCAUUGCGAUAGACAGUCGGUUAAAUAAAAUAAUUAAAACAUGUUUAUUUUUGUGACAGUUUGUAAACAAAAAGCAGCGUGAUCCAUUAAAGAUUAAAAGAAUUAAGAAAUCAAUGGAUUCCGACGAGAAAGAUUCUAUCAAAAACGAGAGUAUUGAAGAAGAAUUGGAACCAGUCAGGAAGAAAAAGAAAAUCAGCAGAGAGGAUGAUCAUGAAUAUACAGUUUUCAUUAAGAAUUUAUCAUUCGAUUCAACAAAUGAGGACUUAAAAGAGUGUUUCAAGAAGUUUGGUAAUGUAAAUUAUGCAUUAAUUGUUCGUGACAAUGUUUCUGGUCAUUCGAGAGGAACUGGAUUUGUACAAUUCGAGAAAAAGGAAUCUGUUGAGAUAUGUCUUAAUCAGGCAGGCAAAAUUGUUCUACAGGACUUUACACUUGAUUUAAUGCCAGCACUCCCAAAAACAAAAGUUAAGGCAAUUGAGAAGGAAAAGGAAGCAAAGAAAAAUGAACCAAAGGAUGGUCGAAAUCUUUAUCUAUUACGUGAAGGUAUGAUUAUGGCUGGUUCCACUGCAUCUGAAGGUGUUUCAGCAACAGACAUGGCUAAAAGACUUCGUCUAGAACAACUCAAAUCAUCUAUGCUGAAAAACUUGACUCGAUUCAUUUCUCGCGAGCGUUUAACAAUCCACAACUUGCCUGACAGCUAUGACGAUGUUAAAUUACGAAAAAUGGUCGUAUCCAAAACUGGUUCAAAGCCAAUCGAAAGUCGCGUGAUGCGCGAAAAUAAACCAACGCCGACACAUCCGAAAGGCAAGUCAAAAGGGUUUGGGUUUUUAUCAUUUUCACGUCACGAAGAUGCGUUGGCUGUACUGAGAAAGCUUAAUAAUAAUCCAGAUAUAUUUAGUGCAAAUCAUCGACCAAUUGUCAGCUUUAGCAUAGAAGAUAUGAAUGUAUUGAAGAUUAAGGAACGCAGAGAAAUUCGUUCUAAGCUCAACAAUCCCACAUAUCAAGAAAAGUUGAAGACUAAAAAGCUCAAGAGGAAAGAAAAUCGAAAGAAUAAAUUGGACAAAAAAACAGUCGUGAGUGAAAUCCGUAAAAAAACACCUAAACAAGUGGGAGAGAAUGAAGAUGCUUAUUCAGGAUUUGCAUCCAAAAAAGGCAAUGUCCCAAAACUUCGAGGAACAUUCAAGCUGAGAGAGCAGUCAAAAAUUCAUGAAAAAUCAAUGAAGACACAAAAUAAGCUUGCACGACGACAAAAGCACGAACUGGAAGUUCAACAAGAAAGGCAGGAGACAAAAUUUGACAGAGUUAAUAAAAAGAAAAGGAUUAGUGAUAAGGAUUCAUUAGUUGCUAAAAUUAAUAAGUAUAAAGAUUUGUUAAAAGGAAAUAAUGAUGAGAGUAGUAAGAAGCAAAAGAGCAAAAAGUGGUAUGUAGAAUAAAAUUUUAAUAAAGAUAUUGAAUUACCCAAAUUACCGAUUCAUUUUUUACACAAAAA